AUGUUUGCAGUGGGGGAAAAGAUGGCAGAGACUCAACCAAGCAAACCCUUGAUCCAGCCAUCAUCGUCUCGAAAGCUCCCAGAUUUCAAGAAAUCCGUGAAGCUGAAAUACGUGAAGCUCGGUUACCACUACCUCAUCACUCAUGGCAUGUACCUCUUCCUUUCCCCACUAGUGGUCGUUCUCGCAGCUCAGCUCUCAACUUUCUCCUUCGAAGAUCUCCACGAGUUAUGGGAACAUCUCCAGUACAAUCUCAUCUCAGUGAUUGUCUGCUCGACCUUGAUGGUCUUCCUCUUCACACUCUACUUCAUGACACGCCCUCGACCCGUCUACCUCGUCAACUUCUCGUGUUACAAGCCCGAUGAGUCGCUCCAAUGCACCAAAAAGAUCUUCAUGGAUCGAUCUCGUCUGGCCGGAUCUUUCGCAGAAGAAAGCCUCGAGUUCCAGAAGAAGAUCCUAGAACGAUCUGGCUUAGGGGAUAACACUUAUCUCCCUGAUGCUGUAUUGGCCGUCCCUCCAAAUCCGUCCAUGCAAGAGGCGAGGAGAGAAGCUGAGGCGGUGAUGUAUGGAGCUAUCGAUGAGCUUCUCGCUAAGACAUCUGUUAAUCCGAAAGAUAUUGGGAUUCUGAUUGUGAAUUGCAGCUUGUUUAACCCUACACCGUCACUGUCUGCAAUGGUGAUAAACCAUUACAAGCUUCGCGGUAAUAUUGUGAGCUACAAUCUUGGUGGCAUGGGAUGCAGUGCUGGUCUGAUCUCCAUAGCUCUUGCUCAAGAUCUUCUCCAGGUCCAUCCUAAUUCGUAUGCUCUAGUAAUCAGCAUGGAGAACAUCACCUUGAAUUGGUACUUUGGGAAUGAUAGAUCGAAGCUCGUCUCAAACUGCUUGUUUAGAAUGGGAGGUGCUGCCAUUUUGCUCUCCAACAAGAGAUCGGAUAAAAGGAGGUCCAAGUAUGAACUCGUUCAUACAGUUCGUACUCAUAAGGGUUCUGAUGAUAAGUGCUUCUCUUGUGUGACUCAAGAAGAGGAUGCUAAUGGGAAAGUCGGCGUUACUCUGUCCAAAGAUCUUAUGGCAGUUGCAGGGGAUGCAUUGAAGACUAAUAUAACUACUUUGGGACCUCUCGUGCUUCCAAUGUCAGAACAGCUUCUGUUCUUUGGUACAUUGGUGGGGAAGAAACUUUUGAAGAUGAAGGUCAAGCCGUAUAUCCCUGAUUUCAAGCUGGCAUUUGAGCAUUUCUGCAUUCACGCUGGCGGGAGAGCGGUAUUGGACGAGUUGGAGAAGAACUUGCACUUAUCUGACUGGCACAUGGAGCCAUCUAGAAUGACUCUGUACCGCUUUGGUAAUACCUCGAGCAGUUCGCUGUGGUAUGAGUUGGCUUAUUCAGAAGCUAAAGGGAGGAUUAGGAAAGGAGAUAGGACGUGGCAGAUCGCGUUUGGUUCAGGGUUCAAGUGCAACAGUGCUGUGUGGAAGGCUUUGAGGACUAUUAACCCUGCAAAGGAGAAGAAUCCAUGGAUGGCUGAGAUCGAUAACUUCCCGGUCGAUGUUCCUAGGGUGGCAACGAUUGGUUAG